CUUCAACUGUACACACACGCUUGGAUUCAAGCCAUGUAUACACUAUGUUUAUUACCUUACAACAGUUCCAUUUAUUCAACACAUUUUCUAGGAAUCCCAAAGGAUGGUGGGUGGAAACCUUUUAUGAAAGUCGAUGACAAACUCCUCUAGAGAAAGCUGCAACAAUCACAGACAGUUACCAAACACAAAAGGCACACGCUUCUCUUAAUGGACUUUACAAAGACCUAACUAAGUGUUGAAUAAAGCAAAAUAAAUUGCCUCUUGUCUUCUCCAAGUACUCAAUAUGCUUGGUGGAUAACAUCAGGAAGGGUGUUACUGUGAAAGAUGUGGGUGGGUGGGUGCGUGUGUGUGAAACAAGGGGACAAACACAAUGUUCUGCUGUCUUGUCUAUUGCUAUCUGCCUAGUUCAUUACACUGACUCAUCCACCACAGGUCCUCAUCAUCAGUCCUCCCUGACAGGCUACAGCUCUCUGUCAGUCUGGUCCUCACCAUCAGUCCUCCCUGGCAGGCUACAGCUCUCUGUCAGUCUGCCACCAUUUUCAGAUAGGUCCAGAACAACAACAACAACAGCAUUACCAUCACCCCUACAAGCAGCGGUUUGCGAGCACAACCUAACAUAGAUUGCCUCCCUAAUGGCGCCCUAUUCCCUACAUCUAGCCAUACUAUUUCACAUAGCAAGACUACUUUGAAAGAGAUAAGACAAUUCUAUAGGAGAUGUUUUCGCCUCUUACAGUCUGACACCGUGGUGUUCUAUAUGGGAGCUGGGAGGCGCCUGCCUGCCUCGCACUUCAAGCAUAAACAGUGCAAUGCAUUCUGACGUUUCUCUCGCUCACACAGCUGUUGAGGUUGAGGAGCGAAGCUUGCGCAGCUCUGCACGUAAUUACUGACAAUUCAAAGGCGCACUCCGAGAACACCAUGUAUCCCGAUUUGGAACGACUUGGAGAGGUGGUGUCCAUGCCUUUCAUGUUCUGUCCGAGAAAACACUUUGCGUAAUUUACCCAGGAAUGCACCUUGAAGAAGGCAGCCAUUCUGGAGUGGAAAGCUUUAUUUGAAACAGUGGGUAUUUUCCAGUCAGUUACGAGCAGCCAACGAAACUGCUUCAACAAUCUGUUUUCAGUAAGGAUCCCUUCUGAACAGAAAAUCUAAUCAACCAUAAAAGGCUGGAGAUAUCAAAGUUGAAAUGUUACUGUAGGAAAGAAAGUGGAGAACUUGUGGCUGUGCGCAUUCUGGUUUCUCCCAACGAAUGUUAUAUAUGGUUACGCGCACGUUGUGCUUUGUGAGAAGAAGACUUCAACCAACUGAAGAUGGUCCGCCUUAUUCUUUGUGCUUUAAUAUUAGCUUUGGUUGACUUGAAUUAAAAAAUAACUGUAGGUCUAUAGAACAUCCGUGGAAGUGACCGUUUAUUCCCCACCGUUCAAAUGCUGGAAUGGCUUGUGGUUUUGUGUAUUGUGAUUCUGGUGGCCGUUAUUUGGCCAGCUUCGAAAUAUUUUGCUACCCAGGGCGAGCCAGACGCACUCCUCCGGGAGCUCGGAAUUUCACGGCGGCAAACAAAGGAGAGGGACGUCUCAGACCGGGGGGUCCCGGUGGACGGUGCUAAUGCCCAGACACCGGACGUGGAAGGUGAUAAUAAAGUCCCCGCCGUUGCGCUGAUAUGCAAACCCUCGGCCCUGGCCAACUAUCUCCUCAAACACUGCAGGACUUUCAGCAAUUUCACGGCGUGCACGGGAUGGACAUGGCGGGCGAGUGCGUUUCUUCAGACCGUCUACGGCGCGUGCUGGCCGUACAAGAGCCGGGUGCAUUUCGUGCGGGACUACUUGCAGUUGAGCGACGAUGGUCUCGUGGCACUGGACUGGGCAGUGUCGGUGGCCGGUGCGUCGUAUCAGAAACGGAGGAGAACCUCGAGUAAUUCCACGAGCCCCAUCCUCCUCAUCAUACCCAACUCUUUCGGGAAAAUCACUAGAAAUGUGCUGAAGCUCUGUGAGGUGGCGUUGUCCCAUGGCUACCUCCCCGUGGUGUUUAACCGGCGCAGCCACAACGCCACACCCCUCAGCACCGUCAGGUUGCAGCAGUUUGGCGACCCAGGGGACCUACGCGAGGCCGUGCGUUACGUCCGCUACCGGCAACCCGUGAGCCAGCUGUAUGCGGUGAGCGAGAGCACGGGGUCCGGUCUCCUCCUCGCGUACCUGGGAGAGUGUGGUUCAUCCAGCUACGUAACGGCCGCCGCCUGCCUCUCGCCAGUGUUCCGCUGCCAGAGCUGGUUCGAGAACGGACCCAUCUGGCCUCUCCACUGGGCUCUGGUGACUUACCAGAGGAUAUGCCUCAGCAGGUACAGGACAGUGCUGGGUGAAACAGUGCACACCGACACCCUUUUCUCCAGCUGUUCCCUGCGUGGCCUGGAGGAGGUGCUGUUCUGCCAGCCGCCUGGCCCUAAAGGAGCCCCGGCCCUAGCAGCGGGCACCAGCAGCAGCAGUGGGGGAGCCUGGGAGGCUUACUGGGAACGCAAUGAACCCCUCCGGGACGUAGACGAAGUCGCCAUCCCUGUUCUGAGUGUCUGUGCACAGGAUGACCCUAUCAGAGGAGACCCCCAGUCCACCCUACCCCUGGAACUCUUCGAGAGCAACCCCCACUUCUUCCUGCUGCUGACCACCAAGGGGGGACACUGUGGCUUUAACACCCAGGAAGGGAGUGCUUUCUCUGGGGGAGUGACCGGUGGAGGGACCCCUGGGACUAGCUGGAGCCACCGAGCCCUGCUGGAGUUCUUCAGGGCCACCACGGACUUCAUUGCGGCAGAGGAGAGGGCUAAGCUGGCUGCCAGACGGAGGGGCCUGGGGGGUAGCAGCCAGGGCAAAGCCUUCAGACAUCGUAGUGUUAGUACCUGUAAGAGGCUGCCCGCAUGCUCACAUAAUAUACACGCUAUCUACAACUGGCAGAGGUCUUAUACACGAUGAGCUGGGGUGAUAAUGUUGAAUAUUAUGGAUGAUAAGGGAUUGUAUCUGCAGCACAAGAGAGCUUUGCAUUUAAAGGCUGAAUACUAAUCUGUGUGCAGCAGCCACCUGGGUAAUUGAUGGAACAUGGUUUCAUCGACACACACACACUCAGAAUUUGAGGAUGAACACUCCAGAGCACACUAGGGGUAACCAGAAAAGCCUGUGUGUGUGCAAGUGCGUGUGUGUGUGUGCGUGUGCCUCCACCCGAUGACUGUCCAAAAAUGCCCGUCUGGACAUUGGACUGCCAGUAUUUCUCUGACGAGCCAAUCAGAUUCAAGGGGAAACUAUGUGUAAUGUUAUUGUGAUGUUUUGCUGAACUGGGUGGAACCUGUUGGGUUUGUGGGUUUUCCCACAUGUUGUAAUUCAAAUUCUGACUGAGGUUUGUUGACUGUAGCUGGAAUCUGCGACUUUGAAUUGGCACUGUUAGUGACGUGAUGAUUUUCCUGUAGUUUUCUAAACAAUGUUAAAGUUGUGUUAAAUGAUGUGAAUGAUUGGUAAGGAACGAUGUAUUAAAAUAAACAAGUGAACAUGUAUCAUGCAAGAAUUUCAUUUAGGUCACAUACUGUUAUCUUUUGUCCAGACAUAAUUACAGUAAAAUUGUGUAACAUUGUAUGAAUUAAAUAGUCUUCAUUUACUGUU